AUGCCACCUAUGAUGGAUUCCCGCAUCUAUACACCUCUCUCAACGGAUUCAGAUACUCUAGAUAUCCGACUUCUCCGUUUGGAACCAAGCUCGGACCGGAACGCAACGAUAAAAUGUUCCUUAUUCGCUUACAGCCUUGUCGAUCUCCGCGGAAGACCACACCUGUAUGAAGCUCUGUCAUACGUUUGGGGCGAUCCGGAUGAGGUCGUAUCAAUCGAGGUCUCAGGCUUCGAAGUCAGUGUCACGAAGAAUCUCUGUGCAGCGUUACGGCAAAUACGAGAUCACUACUUUGAUAGGGUUCUUUGGAUUGAUGCAUUGUGCAUCGAUCAAGGGAACAAACCUGAAGUGGCAAGACAGAUUUUGAGUAUGACUCAGAUUUAUAGUCAGGCCAGUCGUGUGCUUGUCUGGCUAGGGGAGGCUGCAGAUGACACCGAAGAUGCGUUCCAGGAGAUACUCGGAAUACGGAACGACGAAUACAUCGGAGCAGUGAAGCGGAUGGUUGAGCGGCCUUGGUUUGGACGUGUUUGGGUAUUGCAAGAGGUCGCAGCAGCUCGACAGAUUCGCGUACUAUGUGGCGAGCAAGAGUUCGACAGCUAUGCCUUUUACGAGGGCCUGAACAGGCUAAGUCGAGACAGAGGUAUCGGCCAUCCAUCGUUGCAUCUUCUGAGGCAAGCUACAUUUCGGUCCUCGUCCACCUCGAGCCAGAAAACCGCACCAUUCGUCAACAAAUAUUGUCUAGGCGAGUUGCUUGACCUGUACCAUGAGUACGGGGCUACAAAACGGCAUGACAAAGUGUAUGCUUUACUUGGUAUGAGUGCAGAUGUCAAGACUGUUGCACUGAUACCAGACUAUUCAACAUCGUGGGAUCACCUUCUUCGACAGGUUAUACAGUAUUUGCUGGGCAAAUCCGUCCACGUAGAAUCAUGGCAGAACCGAGAUAUAGCUAUGAUCAGCGGUCAAUGCUGCAUCAUCGGCAGAGUGACCAGUGUUUUUGGAUCUUUUGGAGGCGAAGAGCGUAACCCAGUCAAUGUGUUUGAGAUCCAGGACGGAAAGAAUGCUGGCUGGAGCUUUCCGCCGUCAGCAAAGCCACCCCGAGUGGGCGACUUACUCUGCAUCUUCAAAGAUGCUCAAAAAGCUACACUUCUACGGCCAUGUAGCGAACAUCUUCUUGUAAUCGUAAUCGGCAUUGGCUUGGACAGCCGCCAAAACAGCCGCCAAGAGACAUACGUCCCACGUCGGAGUGCUGAGAAGACAUACCACCUCACAGUACUUUGGGACUGGGAGACGUCAAGACAAGAGCUAUCGGAUAUUGUCCAGGAUCGCACGAAUACGGGCGGUGAAUUUAACCGGUUGGAAGCGGCUGACUUGCGAAUACAGUGUUCAAGGAUUCUUGGCAUAUCGUCAAUUCUCUGUGAUGUCGGCCAAUACGUAGAAGCCUUCGAACGGCUGCGAGUCAUAACCUCAGAUCAGAAGCUUAUGCUUCGUUUGGAUGACGUCCAAGUCGAUGAACUCCAGCAAGCGCUGCUUAUCAUUCACGUGUUGGAAUCGACUCCACAUCCCAAAGCAGGCAGUGUCUGGUCCGCACUGAAGACGGUGGGCGGCAAUUUGGAAGAUCCGAAAAACUGGAAUUCAAUCAAAACCGCGGUCAAUGGUCUUCACCUCAAACAGUACGAGCUUACAGAGGAGAAACUUGUUGAAACAGCAGAUAACCCAUUCCCCGAGGUAACUCUCUUUCUGUUAAAGGCAAGGCCCGAACUCUUUCGAUACCCGGAGGCGAUUUUCCUUACACUGGUUACCCACGCGCUUAACAGACCCCAGCUUCCGGCUAUGCUCGAGCAAUUGCUGAUCAGAGAGCACGAAAGCGAGACGCAGAAUCUCAAACGUGUUCUAGAGCUUACGGCAGGGGUUCAAGGCAAUGCCAGCAUCUUACUGAGGAUCAUAUUACUGAAUAGACACCCAGAAGUACCCGAUACAAUGUUAGCUUUGGAUGACUUAUUGGGGAAUCUCUUUCGGUCCGGGCAAAUGUAUCUGAGCUUUCUAUCAGAAGAGAAAGAUGAUGACCUUCACGCGACAAACAAGGCGCAGUCUACGCCAUGUAGUAGCUCAGCGCUGAAGCAACUGCUGCAUCUCCUCGACGAGCAACCCAUCCCGAUCACAGAAAACGUGAUCAAGUUGGCACUUCUGAAUGGUAGAGCCAGAAUAGUGGACCUCCUCCUGAACCAUUUCGGUGAACAAAUCAAGAUCACAGAACCAUUUCUCGAGGGAGUAAGCCGUAUCGGAACGAUCAACAGGUCGAUCAUACGCGUGCUGAGGGACAGAGAGGCGAUAGAGCCUGAUUUGGCCGAUCGUUAUCUUUAA